ACUCGCGCAGGGCAGCAGUCCGUGGGAAAGGGUGACUAGCGCCAGCAGUAGAAGGAGGCGUCGCCGGAGAAAAAAAAUUGCAAAUGAACAAACUUCAUGAAUUAUGAUAUUUGGAUUUUCAAUUAAACUGAACAAGGCUCUAUUACACACGCAUGACGUGGUAGCUAGAGAAGUAUACGGCGAGGAAGCGCUACGAGUAACACCACCACCGAUCGCACCCUACCUAAAUGGAGGCAACGACGAUAUCGACAACGGGGAUGCCGGCGACCUGCAGCAUGUCACGCGCGUCCGGCUGGUGCAGUUCCAGAAGAACACCGACGAACCGAUGGGUAUAACGUUGAAGAUGACCGAGGACGGGCGAUGCAUCGUGGCCCGGAUCAUGCACGGCGGCAUGAUCCACCGGCAGGCGACGCUGCACGUCGGCGACGAAAUUCGGGAGAUCAACGGCCAACCGGUGCAGCACCAGACCGUUAGUCAAUUACAGCGCAUGCUGCGGGAAGCGCGCGGUUCCGUUACGUUUAAGAUAGUUCCUUCAUAUAGAAGUGCCCCACCACCUGUAGAGCUAUUCAGGAUAAGACCAGCGCCUGUUUUAGUCGAUCAGAUUUUCGUUCGUGCUCAGUUCGAUUACGACCCGUUGGACGACGAGUUGAUUCCGUGCGCACAAGCGGGGAUAGCUUUCCGAGUUGGUGAUAUACUACAGAUUAUAAGCAAAGACGACCAUCACUGGUGGCAAGCCCGACACGAUGCAGCGGGAGGAUCAGCCGGUUUGAUACCUUCGCCUGAGCUUCAGGAGUGGCGCAUUGCCUGCCAGUCGGCAGAUAAGACCCACAAGGAACAAGGAGAAGUAGGGCCCGGUUGCUCGGCACACGCAGAAGGAUGUGACGGAUCUACAGCAGUAAAUUGCUCAAUAUUUAGCCGUAAGAAGAAACAGUGCCGGGACAAAUACCUGGCCAAGCACAAUGCCGUCUUCGACCAGCUGGAUUUAGUGACCUACGAGGAGGUGGUUAAGGUUCCAGUGGGUGAUCCGGCCUUCCAACGGCGCACUCUGGUCCUACUCGGAGCGCAUGGUGUCGGAAGACGUCAUAUCAAAAAUACCCUCAUAGCUAAGUACCCGGACAAAUACGCUUACCCCAUACCACACACAACCAGACCGCCCCGGCCGGACGAGGAGAACGGCCGCAGCUACUACUUCAUAUCACACGACGAGAUGAUGGCGGACAUCCAGGCGAACGAGUACCUCGAGUACGGUACCCACGAGGACGCGAUGUACGGCACCAAGCUGGAAACGAUACGACGCAUCCACGCCGACGGCAAGAUGGCGAUCCUGGACGUCGAACCACAGGCCUUAAAAAUACUGCGCACAGCCGAAUUCACACCGUACGUUGUGUUCAUCGCGGCCCCGCUGCUGCAAAACAUUGCCGACUACGACGGCAGUCUCGAGCGUUUGGCGAAAGAGUCGGACAUGCUGCGCCAGGCCUAUGGGCACUUCUUUGACCUGACCAUCGUCAACAACGACAUCGGCGAAACGAUAGCCACGCUCGAGAACGCAAUCGACAAGGUGCACUCUACGGCCCAGUGGGUCCCGGUCUCCUGGCUGUACUGACAAGAUAGUGAGCUAGAAUGUCCGGCGUGUUUGGAGGAGGAAUGCGACUGCGAUUGUGACUGCGAGCUAGACCUUAAGUAGAGAGCGCCCAGGGAGCAUGCGUGCGUGUGUGUGAACGAAGCAGCCAACACUACCACAUCAAGGAAGCAUCAACAAUAUUACAGCAACAGAAGCAGUAGCAACAGCACCAGCACUACUUAAGCCGAAAUGGGAGUAAGAAAACCGUUACAAAAAAAAUAAUUAAAAAAUCACAAAAAAAAGGUUUGGAUUCAGUAGAUAAGAUAUGGCAACCUUCACACAGAGCAAAACAAAAUACACAGGAAAACUAUAAUCUUGCAGAUACCAGAACGAAAACAAAAAUAUUCAGAAUUGUACUUGAUUAGCGCAGAUACAAACCAAAGUUUAACCUUGGUUCAAUAUAAAAGCGAUACAUCUGUACAGGAAAUGUUAAAUUGGAAGCAAAAGUUACGAAUGUCUAGUUAUUGUUUUAAAAAUGCAAAAAGAAACAACACACAUUAUAUCUAUCAAGUAAUCUGUCAACUCGAAACUAAAACAAAAUGGCUGAUUUUAUAUCAAAAAUACAUUUAAACUCAACAAGGCAGCAUUUAGAGGCAACCCUCUUUUUACUUGAAAAAAAAAACAAGAUUGGAAUAAUUACCAUUUUCCAAAUCUAGGAGAAACACUUCAUUUAAGUUGAAUGUCAUUACCGUUAGUAGGAACUAAUCAAAAAAUGAACACAAACACUCAUCUUGAAAGUAAGAGACAAAACAGAACUCAUCGAAUUUCGCGCACUGGAUUUGCUCCAGUUCAGUCGACUAUUAGCAAGAAUAAAAACAAAGCAAAAUGAAACGGCACAAACAGGAUGCACUUUCCGGGUAAUGCCCAACAUAUUCCACACAAUCCGAAUACCAUUUAAAAACCGAGUGGGGAUAAAUAAGCCGAAGGGAGACCUUACUUAAAACAACCAAAUUAACUAGAAAGAAAGAAAAACGAAGUGAUAGAGAAAAAAAUCGUUAAACAACAAAAUGGGCGAAUGUUAUCGGAAAUUGAACACGGUAAUAAAACAGAAACACAUACACACAAAUGGAGAAAAACUGGAGAUGGAGAUGAUAAAGCGAAAGUGGGAAGAAAAUAUUAGUUAGACUUAAUACUAACCAAAACAAAUGUUAACAUGAUUAUUAAUAAUUAAAGGUAACAGAAUUAUAAUUAAAAAACAAUGCAACACAGAUGGAGAAAGCAAAGCUAAAACAAAGAGAAAACCAGUAAAAAAGUAGACGUGAAAAUGGGAGUUUAAAUUUGAAGAUUAACUUGAAAAAAAAAAUUAAAGAGGAGUGAACCGGAACAGGAAGAAUGCUAAAUACGAGGUUUGAUCUAGGGAAAAUAAAUUAAAAAUGUUACAUUGAUCCAAUAGUUGCGACCGUUCUUCCUAAACGAAAGCAAAGGGGAAGGCAAGUAAAACAAACUAGGAGGAAAAAAAUCAGCGAAAACAAACGAUAACAAACAGAACACCGAUCGAACAGAGAAAGAAAAUAGAGAAAAUCGCAAUUUCAGCUUGCGUGCGAAAGAACGAACCACCAUUACCAGUUGUUAUUUAUUGGAAAAGUUUCAGGGUUGAAUGGUUUAUUGAAUCUGGGCUUCAGGGUGUCGACGAUAACUACUGACGGUGAACAUCAUCCCUAUGUUGGUGAUACAAUAUGUGAUUCUUGCUACAGGUUUUGUAUUUAUUUCAUAUGAUUUAGCAUUAAUUGUAAUUUACAAAAUAUUAGUACUGUUACAUAUAAUCGUUGGAUGGACGCCUAAGGCAGACGAUCGAUCUUUUCAAAACAACUUUGUUAUUCGACGAAAAUAUGAUCACGUGCUAUUCAAUUGCUAUUGUUCCAAUGAAUUCCAAUUUUGACCAUUGGACUAACUGCCAAUAUUAUCUCAUCCUAGGCGGUAUCGCAAAACACAACAGAUUUUUAAUUCGUGUUACAUUUAACUAACUGAAGUUCAAUUCUGAAAUACUUUCGCUAAAAUUUAAAAAUUGACCGAGGGAAUUGAUAUAAAAGGGGAUCGAUAUGUCAAAUUUAUGCAUUACAAAAAAAAAUGGCAGACAGUUGGUGUUUUUAACAUACUUAAGAAGUAACCCCAAUGUCGACGUUGAGGGCAAUUGAUCACAGUCACACAUUUCAAAAGCAAUAUGAUGCAUGUUCGAGGUCAUGUCGAUGUAAGAGUCGUUUGAUCGAACUUCACCAAGUCUGCCGAAUUUUAUUUUUCUUUAGGUAAUAUUAUUUUUUAAUUCGUUUAAAAACAGUUAUUCCGCAUGUGUAUACACCCGAUUCUGUUUUUACACGGAUUUUUUUUACACGGCCGUGUAAAAAAAAUCCCAUACAAAAUUUUUGCAAAGUUGCUCCAUUUUACAUGAUUCGUCGAGAAAUCAUAAAACUUUUUUUACACGGAUUUUCAAAUUUUGAACUGAAAACUUUUUUUACACGGAACGCAUCCCCCGUGUAAAAAAAGAAUUGGGUGUACUUCCUUUGAAAUGAAAAACGUUAUUUGGUAAGCUCUUAACAAUUGUUAUUUAGAUAAAUAAACUGAACUAUUAUUCAUAACAUGCAAAUUCAACACUACACAAUCAAAAGGCUUCUCUGGAAGUUGUGUGAACUCAAAGAGCUUCAUAUUCACAAUGGCACGUGACACGCUAGUCAUCGGUCAUUCAUUGUUAUUGAUAUCUACAUAUUUCGAUGAUGAAAACCUUACAAAUGAUGUAACCUGUCAAGAUAAUCCAAUCUCUAUACCAAACAAACUCAUAACUCAAACUUGAAAAACAAAUCACAAUAAAAUCACACUAAAAACAAAAUCGUCAAGCCCAACCGUUUCGAAUUAUGUAACCAAUAGACAAAAGGCAAAUAGUUUAUAUAUUCUUCAAUUUCACAACCACAAAAUAGGAAACAAGGGAGGCUAGCAUCUGCAGAUUUGAUAACGACUAGAAAACAUAAAACUUACGACAUAAUGAUAUAAAACAGAAAAAACGCUCAAACGGUAUAAAAAAAGAAACCUUUCAACUGAAACUUGUGUACAAUAAACUAAUACACACUGGGGUAUAACAAGAAAAAAUGAAGUGAUCAGUUAGAACAUUGUUUCAAUGAAAAAGAUGCUGAAGUGCUGAAAUUGUCAAACCGAGAAAAAACCAAAAACAUAAGAAAAGCUAAAAACGAAACCUAGUAAACCUGAGAACAAAGAAAAACAAACCUUUUUUGAAAAGAUUAGAAACUCCAAGAAAAUUGAACGCGAAGCGAGAUGGCCAUACCAGCGGAAUCAUCCAAAGCAGUUAGAAAAAUAAGAUCGAAAAAAAAAGUCAGAUGAUGCAAUGGAACCCAGAGAAGAACAGAUAGAGUGUAUUGUAAUAAAAAUUUAUUUUAUUAGUUUUUGUUUUUGGAUGAGAAAAAAUUCUAAUAAAAAUGAAGUUAAUACAAAAAAUUAAAAAAGA